AUGCUGGCCAAAUCUGAGGGACCAUAUCCCAACCACACCAAGUCGUCGAACACGAACAAUGAGAAAACGCCUCCAGCCAUCACCGAAAGCCCCUUCUCACACAUUGAAAUCGAAUCAGACAGCGGGAUUUUCGGCACGCACUUGGCCAUCAACACCAAGUCGUCAAACACAAACAAUGGGAAAACGCCUCCAGCUAUCACCGGAAGCCCCUUCUCACAAAUUGAAAUCGAAUCAGGCAGCGGGACUUUUGGCACGCACUUGGCCAUCAACACCAAUUGGGCUGUAUCGGUAGUUUCCGCACCUAUAGUCACCAAGCUAAAUCUCAAAUGUCUGCCCAUGUCUCCAACCCAACGGCAGCGUCCCUUCGAGACACCGGAUGGUCUGCGAUACCUAAAAGAGAUGUGCGUCAACAUUGGUGUUCUCGACUCGGAAGACAGUGGAGGAGAUGCAGCCCUCUACAUCGGGACGAAUCUUUGGAAGAAGAUUAUGCAGAAGUCACAGACGGAAACGCUGAAUGCGGUUGGAAUGGCUCAACUAGAACCAGAUGAGCACUUACCAGACCUUCCGCCUGAAGAUAACGAGGAGACUUUCAGGAGGAUAGGAUCCUCAAGACUCCCGAGGUCCGCGGAUGCGGCCGGUUCAAGCCCGCAAACUUUCCGCAUCUGGGCCGAAGACGUGGACCCUGAACCGAGCCCGAACACAGAUUCUGAUCUCAUCACGCCUACAGAAUCUGUCACCGUUGAUAUCGAGCCGGGAGAAUGUCGGGCUGAUGUGUCUCCCACCAAUUCUCUGGAAUCGGACAAAUUCGAUCCCUUGGCAGGCGAGGAGAUCGCAGACAGACUUCUGGACAUGAAGUUACACAGUGCUACCCCAGUCUACCCAGAAUCUUCAGCGCAGCUAGAAGCGACCGAAGAGCCCUUUCUCCACCCUGCCAGUUCCAACCAGGCCAACAUAGGUUCCUCCACGGGCAGCCUCAAUGCAGGCGUUCUUACUGUCCGACAAGAUUUGUUUUCAGAUGAUGGGCCCAUAGGGUCGAACGAAGACGAUGUCUCGGACGCGGGCGAUAUCGUCAUGAGUGUUUGCAACGUUUUAUCUACGACGUCGGUCGAUUCGUUGCCGCUCGAUCCUGCUCAUGCUCCCUCGCCUAUAGGUCACUCAGAGGAGUCCCGUCCGGGGUCUCGUGUGGCGAUACAAGUUCUCGAAUCUUCUUCUUUAGAACCUCUUUUCAAUUCAGAAUCAGAGGCAUUGCCAAAGCCCCCCUCAAUUACACAGAUUCAAGGAGAGGUAACAGGCAUACUAGACCUCCUGAUUGGGUCAACCAACGGAAGCGAGCCGUUGUUACGCCUCAUGUCCGAGCUCGAGCACUCUUAUACUUCAUCUUUCAGGCUAGACGAAGACCUCAAAACGUCUGUGGGAGAUAAAGUCAAGCUGAAGGUAGAGCAACUCACUGGUAAUCGAUGGAAUUGGUGGCCAAUGGCUGCGCCGUUGCAACCUCUGAAAGACCAUGAAGCCCGUUUGAGUUGGACUUGUGGCUGCGGGCACCACCGAUCUGAAAACGUGCCGUUGAAAACUGGCUUGAAGAUUCUUGACUUCAUGGGCCAGCGAGCGACGACUGAAGGACCUUCCAUAGAGUUAUCAACACUGAGUAGCUCUUCUCAGGGCCAGAAACCAAGCAACACCGCUUCGAGUCUCGAAAAUUCAUCCAGUGCGCCCAUGGCUGGAGACGCUCCUGUCACUCGCCAGACGCCGCUUGACAAUCUUUCCGGAAAUAGCCCGACGCUCACCGAGGCUCAAAGAGAGAGUCUGCGUGAUAAGUACAUCUUCUUGUUGGUGGAUAACAGCUCCUUGCAGUUCCAUCAGAUGUCUUCCGCUAGGCUCAGCACUCAAGACUUCGCUGACAGCUUCCGCGUUGCCUAUCACAAGUUGCGGGGCUUCUGGCGAUACCAUCUCUCGGUCUACAGCUUUGCGUACUGCGACUUCUUUGAAUUCAGAAGGUACGACAUUUCUGGUUAUGAUGAUAUACGGCCAGGCCUGCCUCCGGAUGAUGACGAGGAGUACUUCUACCGACCGCGGCCGACGAAGAACCCGCGCCCCAUUUCAAAGCACGAAUGGCACGACAUCUAUCACGUGUACCGACGCACCUCUGCUCGUAAGAUCAACGCCACGUAUCAGCCUUUCUAUCUGGUUGCCCAGGAGCCAUGGUACUUCCCUCGUCCUGUUCGAGACCUGCCGCCCCUCUUCCGGCGUCAAAUCGAGGGCAACCUGCCAACGCAUAUCAUCCCCAGGAUACCUCAGCGGUAUACCCAGUUCAACGAGCACAACAACGACCUUGAGGAGUUCUGGGGCCUGUAUGCCCGGGAGGACAUCUCGUGGAUCAUGGUGGCCUCGUACGUGGUGCUGGUCAACGCGCCGGGGCUCGCCUUCUUCUUCGCGUACAUAUUCGGGCUCAGGGGCGAUGAGGUCGAUUUGCAGACCGCGAGCGUGCCAUUGACGCUGACUCUCGCUGCGACGGCCAUGUUCUUUGCGGCCUGGGUAGCGGUGGUGCAACUGAGUACGCGGGAGCCGCAGAGUGUGGGCGGCGUGGUGGCGGAGGGCAUCCGGGAACAGAUCGGCGCACCUGAGAGCGUCUCGUAUGCCCACCUUCGCGGGUCCGAUUCGACGGGCAGACGAAAGACUGGGAAUGUGAGAUAUCGGAAAAGGGGUAUGCCUUCGCGGUAA